AUGUCCACGGAAUUUAACUUCACCUCCCCGACUGAUUGUGAAAAGAACGCUUUGGAGGUCUUUGGAUGUAGUGCAGCGGUUUACUUGAUCGGAGUGGCCACGCUCGUCUUUGCGCGGUUUCUACAUCUUCGCCGGAAAAAGGAAAGUGAAGAUGAGGAUAGUCUUGAUGAUCUAAUUCGUACGAGACAAAUGCGUUGGCUUCCGAAAAAGGCCGAAGCCCUACUAACUGGGAAACCAAUCUUGGGGAAGAUUUUGAUACUGUUACGAUCCGCUCUCUAUACAACCUGUUCUGUCAUUUAUGUCGUCAACACAUACAGAUUCAGAGGCAGCAUACCGACACUAUGCAUACCAAUCUAUUCAGCGCCACGUUAUUUUGUUGAACUGUGUGCGAAUUGUGUAUUUGCUUUGAUUUUUCUCAUAAAAGUAAUCUCCUCACAAAAUCUACUCACAACCUGGUUGUCUAUGGAUAUCAUUAUUGAUCAUUUCACAAUACUACCGAUAGCAUUUGCUUUGAUUUUUGGCUUCUACCAAUACAAUUUCGGAUUUCUCUACUUUACAAGACUGACAAAAAUUACAGAAACUCUGGUGUUGUUACACCUCAUCGAUGAUGAGCGCAGUAUCCGCAAAAUGAAGCUGGUAUCCAAGCUGCUUGCUGCCUGGUUCACCUUGGCCGGAGUGAUUCUGUUG